CACACACACACACACACUGUGGACAAGUCUCUUAUCAACAGGACCAGAAUCAUUAAGAUGAAAGGCAUGCUCACUGCAGACUCAUCGGUUAUCCAAAAAGCUGAUGGUAGCUGAAAGGAAUUGUUUGGCUCACAUGCUCACAUCUCUAUCUACUUAACUGAGAGCAGGGUAUGGGGCAGUGCAGUUCACUGUGUUGCUGCCAGUGCCCUCCUGGUUGUAAUUAAACUGUUUUAUUUUGUUGGGUGGGAGUGCUAUCAACCAAAAUGAUCCCAAGCUAUAACAAAACUUGUUAUUAGAUUAUCAUUCUAAUAUUUAAUACACAUUCUGAUGACACAGAAAUUACAUAGAGUUUUCUUCUAUAAAGGUCAAUUUUGCCAUAAAUUUCUACGCAACAUUGAAGGCUGAUAAUAUUUGUUUUCAUUAUUAGAGGGUUGAGGCCAAGAGCUUGCAACAGAAGGUUUUUAUCAGCGCCACUCACACCUUCAUCAUCCCUGCAGGUGCUACCAAGGUCAGAUCACUAAAAUCACAAUGGAUAAGUGUCCAUUCCAGCAGCAUGCAAGUCCUAACUUCCUCUCUGUGGUAAAGUUCAUCCAGUUAUAACAUUUCCAUUCAAGUUUAUUGUCAUUAGCAAUUAAAAAGUAAUUCUGUGACCUCUCCAGUGUAUGACUAGGCUCUGUGUGCUGCAGAGAAUAGGAUGGAGAGAGGUAUUCAUUCCUGUAAUUACUGUCUCUGUGUUUUUGUUUACUUGAUGGGCACAGUGUUAACCAGAGGGGAGCAGGCCAGCACUGAAACAAGUGCCAGAAGGGAAGACGUAAUGAGUUAUUAGGCCUAUGCACCGCAGCAGCACAGCAUCUAAAAAGGGAAGAGGCUGUUCAGCACUGCCUGCUCGCUGCUUCAUGUUGGUGAUAACAUUCACUGAAGUCUGACCUAUUUGUAUCCAGACAUGACCACAGUGCAAACACAUCCACCCGAUACAAAAGGGAACAAGUCUUUAAAACCUCUAAGGUUUCAGACUUACUGCCAGCUCUGGAUUUACCAAGGUCACUGCGACAACAGAAGGAAUCUAGAGGCUGAAAAUCACAAAACUACAAAGAGAUAAACUCAGACAGAGGAUCCACAGCUGAUUUAUGAACAUCUCCGCAAGGCACUGUUGGGUUUUGUUACGCAAUCACCAGCAUACAGAUUAUCCAAUCAAGUGACAUGGUCGGCCAGAGGGAGGCGCGGUGCAGCCUUCGUCUUUCAUUUGAAUAUGGCAAUUAAUGGGGAAGUUUGACUAAACCCUUACCCGUGUAAAGCAAAGUGGACAGAGCAUGAUAACGCAAAGACCAUCAACAACCAAGCGGAGCAUUACUAAGCAUUUUCAGGUAUAGUCUUGGAGAAGUCACUGCAUGUGCCCCAACUUCACCACUGAGCUGAGACAAAUCUUCAAUGGUAUUGCUUGACGUCUUGACAAGCUUGACAAGCGCACGUGGUGCGCAGUGCAUGACACAAUUUACAGUGCUGCCUGCAUAGGCGUUCUACAAGGUUAGUUGGGAGACUAACUCCCCCAUCAUCAUCUCACUGCGUCUCCUCCUUGGCGCUCUAAACCUGAUCCUCAGUGGAAGUGAUCCCGCGCUGCAGCAGCCCAACUGUGACAUCCUUCCACUAUUCAGAGUGUGCUCAGGCUGGCUGGCUGCUGCACAGGCACCAUGGAGCAGAAAUCCCCUAAGAAUGAGAGCACCGCCAAAGGACAGGAGUCUCUUUCCUACCAGCGGAGGAUGUGGAAGCAUUUCCAGGAGAAAACCAAGCCUUGGCUCAGUCCUAAACUGGGAUCGGAGCGUCGGGGUACCGGGGGCGCGGAGGGCAGCAAAAAGGAAUCGGGGUUAUGGAUGUUUAAGAGGAAAAAGAAACAGCUGGACCGAGUUUUUUCGUCGUCUCAGCCGAAUCUGCGCUGUUCUCCGCCGGUGUCUUUUGCAGGAGAUAAGACGUCCCAUGGAAGCGACGCGCUCCCAGGAACCAGCAGCGAUCCCCUCGGCGCAGCUUCAGGAGCCACAGGGAGCAAACCCGAGCUGACGGUGCACGGAAGCCCCAAACUCCUCGUAUCCCAGCUGAUCACGUACCAACAGAAGAGCUCCUCUCUCGGAUCGGCGUGCUUCGAGAAACUGGUGAUGGACCCGGCCGCGGUGGAGGGAGAGGAGGAGCAGCUGCGUAAAAACGCAAGUGAUUCCAGCAUCAACAUAGUGGGGCCCAGUAAUGCAGAGCCCCCACCUCAACCUCCCAGUCCAGCCAUGUACCAGCUGGAUAUCGUUCUAAAGAAAGGGAUCAACCUGGCGAUCCGAGAUCGGACAGGGACCAGUGACCCAUAUGUGAAGUUUAAGGUUGCAGGAAAGGAGGUGUUCAGAAGUAAGACCAUCCAUAAGAACCUAAACCCGGUGUGGGACGAGAGAGUAAGUCUUCUGGUGGAAACCCUGAAGGACCCACUAUACGUCAAGGUUUUUGACUAUGACUUUGGACUUCAGGAUGAUUUCAUGGGCUCAGCAUACCUCCACCUGGAGUCACUGGAACAUCAGAGGACAAUGGAUGUGACGCUGGACCUGAAGGACCCACAGUACCCUGAAAAUAACCUGGGCAGCCUGGAACUAGCUGUCACUCUGUCACCGAAGGAGGGAGACGUUAGGGAUGCUACCAUGCUUUUGAGAAGGAACUGGAAAAGAUCUAGUAAGUACCAGAGUAUGCGUCUGUCAGAUGUGCACAGAAAAGCCCAGCUAUGGCGAGGUAUAGUCAGCAUCAGUCUGAUAGAAGGAUGCAACCUCCAGCCCAUGGAUGCCAACGGCCUCAGCGACCCUUACGUCAAAUUCAGGAUGGGGCACCAGAAGUACAAGAGCAAGACAAUUUCCAAAACGCUGAACCCUCAGUGGAGAGAGCAGUUUGACUUCCACAUGUAUGAGGAACAGGGAGGCUACGUGGACAUCACGGUCUGGGACAAAGAUGCUGGCAAGAAGGAUGACUUCAUGGGCAGGUGUACCAUCAACCUGUCGCAUCUCAGUAAAGAACACACACACAAGCUGGACCUGCCUCUGGAGGAAGGUGAAGGUGUGCUGGUGCUGCUGGUUACACUCACUGCUUCUGCCGCAGUUUCCAUCUCAGACCUGUCAGUCAACAUGCUGGACGACCCGCAGGAGAGACACCAGAUUAUGCAGAGAUAUAGCCUGUGGAGGUCGUUCAACAACCUGAAGGAUGUCGGUGUGGUGCAAGUAAAGGUCAUCAGGGCUGAGGGACUGAUGGCAGCAGAUGUCACAGGUAAGAGUGACCCAUUCUGCGUGGUGGAGCUGAGUAACGAUCGGCUGCAGACACACACAGUCUACAAAAACCUCAACCCUGAGUGGAACAAGGUCUUCACUUUCAACGUGAAGGACAUCCAUUCGGUACUUGAGGUCACUGUUUACGACGAGGACCGAGACAGAAGUGCAGACUUCCUGGGGAAAGUGGCUAUUCCUCUGCUAAAUAUCCAAAAUGGAGAACGCAAAGCCUACGCCUUGAAAAGCAAGGAGCUGACAGGGCCAACAAAAGGGGUCAUCUUUCUCGAAAUAGACGUGAUUUUUAAUGCUGUGAAGGCUGGUCUUGGGACGUUGAUUCCCAUUGAGCAGAAGUACAUUGAGGAGGAGCCCAGAGUGUCCAAACAGCUGCUGUUGCAAAACUUCAACAGAGUUAGACGCUGCAUCAUGUUCCUGAUCAACACAGGUUGCUACAUCAACAGCUGCUUUGAAUGGGACUCUCCACAGAGGAGCAUCUGUGCUUUUUUACUUUUUGUCAUCGUUGUUUGGAAUUUUGAACUCUAUAUGAUUCCUCUGGCUUUGCUACUGCCUUUGGCCUGGAACUACAUCUUAAUUACAUCGGGGAAGGAUACCAGGCAAGACAUGCAAGCAGUGGAGGACCUGCUGGAGGAUGAGGAUGAGGAUUUUGACAAAGAUGACAAGGACCCUAAACCAGGCCCCUGGGAGGACAGCCGUGAUAAAAACCAUAUCCUCGAGGAUAUGUUGGCUUCCUGGCACUUUGAGUGGAUACGAGCAAUGGUGGACUCGGAGAGAAAGGGCUUCAUGAACAAGCUUUAUGCCAUUCAGGACGUGUGCAUCAGUGUGCAGAAUGCACUGGAUGAAGUGGCCUCCUACGGCGAGAGGAUAAAGAACACAUUUAACUGGACUGUGCCUUUCUUAAGCUGGCUGGCCAUUGUGGCUUUCGGCGGGGCCACCAUCAUCAUCUACUUCAUCCCUCUACGAUACAUUGUGCUAGCCUGGGGGGUGAAUAAAUUCACCAAGAAGCUGCGAGACCCUUACAUCAUUGAUAACAACGAGCUGUUAGACUUUCUAUCCAGAGUGCCCUCAGAUGUACAAGUGGUGCAGUACCGAGAGCUGAAACUGGAUCCCAAUCCCAGUCCAAAUAAAAGGAAGAAAAACAACCCCGGGUAGAUGUCCGCCCACCAACUCUUCUUUUCUCCACUUUUCUUCUCGUGGUCUUAUUAUUGGACGCUAAGGAGCAGAGGAAGACAGCUCUGUAUCAGCUCGGCUCAGCUAUCCUUCCUUUUUUUCUUUCUUAUUUUCUUCUCUGAAACCUCACUUGUUCUGUUUUUAAUUGCUCAUGAUGUACAGUACAGUACAGUUUCCUGAAGUGUCAUUUUUGUAUAAAAAAGACAAGUACAAUUAAUAUUCCCCGCUAUAUUUAUGAUUAAGGUUAAAAGGUGAUGAAAGGAUGGUUGGAAUGACCUUUUUCUCAGCCGUGUGACCCACUCUUCUCUUCUCUUCUCUCCAUCACUCUGACAGCUCCAAGGACUCUGUCCAUCUAUUUGCCACAAGUGACAAGUGUCACACAAUGAGUAAACAAGUUUUAACAAUUAAACUCACCGUCCUCAGACUACAUUUUUAGUGCAUCCAUGUUUAUCAAAAUACAAGCCUUAUGCUAACAUUGGCAUUAUAGACUUUUAAGUUUUUAGCUCAUAUUGUUCUUAUUAUUAAGUGUUUUUGGUAAAUUGUUCAUAUUUUCUAAUUGGUUUUGUACUGAAGAACCUUUUGUUUACUUCCUCUCUUGGAUCGUAAUGAUGUUAUGUUCACUGGCAGUAAUUUAGAUUGUUUCCACUUAACUCAGCCAGCCAAGUUGAUUAGCAAUUAUGGUCGUAGCCUCCAGAUAUGUCCUUCUACACAAACACAAAGCUGGACCAACAGGCUGAAAGCUUGUGCUGGUAUCUGUCUGUGCUUUUAAUACAAGGGCCAAAUUUGCUUGUUUUUUCUUUUUCUUUUUUAAAGAUAUUAAUCAAAAACAAAAAUCAAACCACAGUGGACAGUGGUAUUAGUUUAAAGUACAGUGAGUCUGUUCUUCUUAAAAUAGAUUGUGAUUACAUAAUUAUAAUUAAAUAGUACCCAGAGGAAAAAGGAAUAUCACUGUAGAGGAUUAGACAGUUUGUAUUUUGCCCCAAAUAUCCAGAUAAUUUAGCUGUAGCCUCAUUUAACCCCUUAAAAACAUGUCAAAGUCCCCUGUCAGCCAAUCAUCAAGACACCUUCUCUGUCUGUCAGGAGGCGCAGCAGACUGGGCCUUCUGCUGUCGUUAAUAUAGAUGUCACCCAGUCUAUGCAGUGUGUCGCCAGGCAGGCAGGCCUUUAGGCUGCCACAGCCCUAAUCUUGUUUGAAAGGCUGGUCUCCUUUCCUCUCAUCUCCCCGCUUGCCUUGGCGGCCACACAAGACAGCAUUCACACAUGCACACACACACACGCACACAAGCAUGCAUGCAGGCACAAAAGGAAAAAAGAAGAACACAUCCUCUAACGUGAAUACACUGCUUCUUUAAGAGAUCUUGCGUACACAUACUGCACCUACUUGCUCACAGAUGAAAGCAUAACAUCCCAUUUAGGGGAGCAGGCACAUUCUACUCCCUCUCAGGCACACACACUCACACAAACAUGCUCUCUGUGAUGCUGUGCCCCGGGCUGGCCACCCUCUCCAUCUGCCCCACCUCCUGUGCCCACAGCUCAACUUUGAUCUGUCUUUCCAGAGACAGAGGCUUGUGUAUGUGAACUGUGUAUGAGAGUGUUUGCGUACACGUUUAUGCAAUCAAAGACACGUUGCUUUUCUCAGUGUCAGUGUGUGUUACAAUUGUGUCCCCCCUCCAGCUGUACACUGAUGCAUAGAUUCAGUUGAUGUGUGUGUGUGUCUGGUGUUGCAGCAGAAGUGCCAGCUGUUAUUUGGUGUGGAGUUUACUGGUGUAGAAGGCCGUCAGCUAGAUGAGCAGCAAGUCGCUGUGUGACAAGGCAAUGCUCUGAGGGGACUUGGACCUGAGAUGUCAGCGAUGGAGGAAUGUGUGCGUAUGUGUGUGGGUUUCAUGCUAUUUCAGAUCUCUUUUCCCAUCAUGCUUCUCUCCGUUUGCUCUCUCUGCGGUUCCCUCAUUCGUCAGUGAACGGGGUUGCGACCCUGUCUGAAGGGACUCUUGGGCUUCUUGCUGAGCAUCUGUUGAAAGAUCACAGCUCAGGCUACAUUUGAGGAGGUCUCCCCUCAUCCUACUGAUCCCUGCCUCCAUUUCUCCCACUUCCCAUCUUUGUGUUCCAUCUCCCCCUUUUGUCUGUCUCUCUGUCUUUAUCACUCUACACCCCCUCUCUACCACCAUCAACUAAAGCGUUCUUCCGCCAUUGUGUCAUCUUCUAGCCCUGCCUGUCUGCUUGCCAUUGCCUGUACCCUUUCCCUCCCUCUUUACCCAUCCAUAUCCAUGCUUAAAUAUCAUCAGGCUUGGAUUUGUCACUCCAGAGGGCCAUUGAUUUUGUUUUGUUUUGAGGAAUCCACUUGAAAGACAAUAACAGUGUCCCCUAAGAGUAGCGUUGCAGACUGAUUAUAGCCUCCUCAACAAACACUGUGGCUUGUGAAGGAUGGCUUUUUAUAAUGCCUGAAAGAUAUGUCUGAAUACCCCCUAUGUAUGUAUCUACUACUGUAUGUAGUUACUUUACAA